CAAACUUUGAGUCUAAAUAUAAUAAUUUCUUUUUCUGACGAACCCGAUUAUUACCAAACAUCAAUUAUAUUUGUUCAGUUACAAACGAAUUUGUAAUCUUCUGACCAAAUUGAUAUUUAUCCAUUGAAAUAAUUUAAAUAAAGAUGAACCUUCAACCUUUAUACGCAUUAAAAGAAAUAAUCGGUCGUGGAUACUGAUACCCGGAACGACAUAAAAUAAAACAGUUUUUUGCUGGGUUUUUAUCAAUUUGACAGUGUGUUUAAAUGUUUUAAUUUAUACAUAUUCCUUGUCUUUUUGUUUUGCGGUCUAGAGGCGAAAUUUUCUAUUCGUUUUAAGUUUUUUUACCUAUUAAUAAUUAUUGAUAAGUUUUUCGUUUCGAGUUUCAUUUUAGUGUGUUUGUGUUUCUGUGUAUUUCGUCUUUAUGGAUGCCGCGUAUACGUUGAAAAAUGAAAAUCCGAAAAAGAGUGCGAAUGUGGUAUCGAAAUUGUUUUUCGCGUGGAUACUCAAGCUCUUCUACUUAGGAAGCAAAAGGCCGUUAAAGAUUAGCGACCUCUACAAAACUCUAGAAUGCGACAAAUCGAAAAAAUUAGGCGACAAAAUCGAACAAAAAUGGCACGAAGAAACACUACGAGCCAAAGAAAAAGGCCGUAAACCGAGCUUAUUCCGUACCGUUGCCAGAGUGUUUUUGAAAGAAUAUCUUUUUCAUGGAUUGAUACUCUUUUUUAUGAUGAUCUUUCUGAGGACACCUCAACCUUUGCUCCUAUCCUGGCUAAUCAACCAAUUCCAAGAAGGUACCGUCCACGAAAGAACCAUCAUGUACGCAUCAGCCAGUAGUUUGAUAGCGAUAUCUAUCUUGAUGAUAUUUUUCAUGCAUCACAACAGUUUCUAUCAAAAUUGUGUAGGAAUGAAGGUCAGAAUUGCUAUUUCAAGUUUGGUUUACAGGAAGGUUUUAAAACUGAACAAAAGAUCGCAAGGUCAAACGGCAGCUGGUCAAGUAGUCAACUUAUUGUCAAACGAUGUUCAAAGGUUUGAUUUGGUAUGCCAGUACCUACACUAUCUCUGGAUAAUGCCCAUUCAAGUUACAUUAGUAGCCUAUGUAUUAUGGGAUUCUGUGGGAGUGUCAUCUUUAGUUGGAAUUUUUUCUAUGGCUUUGUGUACUCUGCCUGUACAAGGAUAUUUGGGUAAUGUAGCCUCAGCACUUCGUUUGAAAGUAGCCGAAAGAACCGACGCGAGAGUGAAACUUAUGAGUGAAAUUAUUUCAGGCAUACAGGUAAUUAAAAUGUAUGCCUGGGAAAAGCCGUUUGAAAAAAUUAUUAAAACGAUGAGGCUAAAAGAAGUUCAUUACCUUACGCUGACCUCUUAUUUGAGAGGAUUUUAUUUAAGCUGUAUGGUGUUUAUUGAGAGAAGUACGUUGUGCUUGACACUGGUGUCUUUUGCUUUGUCGGGGAACCAUGUUAGAGCCAAUAUUGCUUUCUCUAUGGCGCAGUAUUUUAAUAUUUUGCAACUCGCUAUGGCCAUAAUGUACCCAAUGGCGAUAAGCAUAGGAGCCGAAACUCUAGUUUCCCUCAAGAGACUGGAAGAUUUCCUGAUCCUAGAAGAAAAACAAGAAAGCAUUGUGCAACACACAGAAGAAUCGGAAGUUUCUUUGCAAGGCGUCAGUGCCUCCUGGGUCCCCGGUAAUACAAUUUUGAGUAACCUGGAAAUGGUGGUGCCUAAAGGAAAACUUUGCGCUAUUGUCGGACCAGUUGGAUCUGGGAAAAGCUCUUUAUUGCAAUUGCUGCUGGGUGAGUUACCACCAACCCAUGGUAAAAUCAAGAUUGGCAGCAAUCUAGCAUAUUCCUCACAAGAACCUUGGCUAUUUGUAGCGUCAGUGAGGAAAAAUAUUAUGUUUGGAACACAUUAUGAUCGUCAACGUUACAAAGAAGUGACUAAGGUGUGCGCUCUGGAGAAGGAUUUCGAACAGCUUCCUCAUGGUGAUAAAACGAUGGUAGGUGAACGCGGUGUCUCGCUCAGCGGUGGCCAAAGAGCAAGAAUAAACUUGGCACGCGCAAUUUACCGAGAAGCUGACGUGUACCUUCUUGAUGACCCUUUGUCAGCGGUGGACACACACGUAGGCAAACAUCUAUUCGACAAAUGCAUCGUUAAAUACCUGAAGGGCAAAACCAGGAUCCUAGUCACUCAUCAGUUGCAAUAUUUGAAAAAAGCCGAUCUGAUUGUUGUGUUAAACGAAGGCAGAAUCGAAGCCAUGGGUACUUUUAGGGAACUGUCAAACAGUCAAUUAGAUUUUACUAAAAUGCUGGCUUCCGCCGAUGAAACUAUUGAAGAAAAGGAACAUGAACAGUUAGUAGCGAGCCUAAGGAAAGUUUCAAGGGGUUCCGAAUCAGACUCGAUACUAGAACAAACCAUUCAUGAUGAAGAAAACGAAGAAAAAGGUGGUGUUAAAGGUGCCACACCAUUUUGGGAUUACCUUAAAUCAGUCAACAGCAUUUGCUUCCUCGUCACAACAAUUAUAAUACUGGCUUUAUCGCAAGCUGUAUGCACUUGUACUGACCUAUGGGUAGCGUUAUGGACAAGCCAAGAAGAAAUACGUCAUCUAAGUGGAGCUACAAUCGUUGAUCCUUCAACAAAUCCUGGAUCAAUAGUCGACGAUAUAAUUUUAUUAAAGCCAGAAUCUCCUCCAUUAAAUGCCUCUUACCAUACGUACCAACAAAAAAUCAACGAAACCAGUAAUACCAUCUUCUUUGGUAUUAAAUACGAAGACGUCUUCGACCAAAUUCAAAUUGACAACGUAAUGCAUUCCCUUUUCAAAACCGAUGUUGCCAUAUAUUUCUAUGCCAGUCUAAUUCUAUUGACUAUUAUUCUAUCUCUUACAAGGUCAUUCAUGUUUUUCAAAGCUACAAUGAUGGCUUCAAAAAACAUCCACUCCAACAUGUUCCAUUGUCUUUUGAAAGCUCCAAUGAGAUUUUUUGAUGUCAAUCCUAGUGGAAGGGUUUUGAACAGGUUUAGUAAGGACAUUGGUGCAAUUGAUGAGAUUUUACCGAGGGCUCUAAUGGAGUCAAUACAAAUUUUAUUGGUCAUGAUGGGAAUUUUAGUUUCUGUUACUAUUUCAAGUUACUACAUGGUGGCUGCAAUUAUUAUUCUAGGGUAUAUAUUCUUGAAAGUUAGGGGCUGGUACGUGGCAAGUGCUAAACACAUCAAACACAUUGAAGGAAUUGCUAAAUCACCAGUGUUCUCACAUAUGAGCUCUUCAUUAAACGGGCUCACCACUAUAAGAGCUUCGCAAGCUGAAAAAGUUUUGAUAACGGAAUUUGAUAAUCAUCAGGACGUACAUACAUCAGCCUGGUUCCUAACCAUCAUGUGCACAGUUUCCUUUGGUCUUUGGCUCGAUAUAAUUUGCGUAGUGUUCAUCACAUCCGUUUGUUUCGGCUUCGUUUUAGCUGAAGACUUUGGACAACAUCAAAAUGGAAGUUUAGUGGGCCUUGCCCUAUCCCAGUCUAUGAUUCUAACUGGUAUGCUUCAGUAUGGUAUGCGGCAAACUGCUGAAGUUAUUAACCAAUUAACCAGCGUGGAAAGGGUUUUGCAGUACACCAAAUUGGAAAAUGAAGGGCCUUUUGUGACGCCUGAAAACAAGUUACCGUUGCUCCCUUGGCCGAGUUUAGGCAAAAUCGAAUUUAAAAAUCUUAGUUUGUUCUAUUCUUUGGAGCAAUCACCGGUGUUGAAGAAUUUAAGACUUUUGGUACGAUCUGGGGAGAAGAUUGGUAUCGUAGGCCGUACUGGAGCAGGAAAAUCGAGUCUUAUUUCGGCACUAUUUAGAUUAGCUCCAUUAAGAGGCAAAAUUUUAAUUGACGGACUAGAUACAGCCGUUGUAGGGUUGACUGAUUUGAGGAAGAAAAUUUCCAUAAUCCCUCAAGAACCUGUACUGUUUAGUUCCAGUUUAAGAUUCAAUUUGGAUCCGUUCAAUGAGUUUGUGGAUGACAAACUUUGGGCUGUUUUAGAAGAGGUUGAACUAAAAGAUUUAGUAACUACACUGGACUUUGAAGUAUCAGAAGGCGGUAGCAAUUUCAGUUUGGGUCAGAGACAGCUGUUAUGUUUAGCAAGAGCAAUGCUGAGGAAUAACAAAGUUUUGGUAUUAGAUGAAGCUACAGCUAAUGUGGACGCUAGAACUGAUGGUCUAAUCCAAACAACCAUACGUAAAAAAUUCAAAAACUGCACAGUGCUAACUAUCGCCCAUCGUCUCAAUACCGUUAUGGACUCGGACAAGGUCCUGGUUAUGGAUGCCGGUGAGAUUAAAGAGUUCGGUCAUCCGCAUAAGCUGCUCCAAAUGAAAAACGGUCAUUUCACUAGUAUGGUAAUGGAAACUGGAGAAGGUAUGACGCAACAGUUGAGAAAUAUUGCCGCACAGGCGUGGGACAAUAGGAAGUUGGAGGAUAGUUUUGAUGAGACCGAUGAGGAUCUUAUUGAAAGCGAGAGUGGAUUUUAGUUUAGAUCUGAAUUUUAAAAACAAUGAAAAUAUUUAUAGUGUACCUAGUGGUUUAUGGAAGUGAAGUGUUUUAUGUUCAAUUGUUGUAUUACUUAAUUAAGUUAUAUUUAAUGUUUUAUUUUCCUCAUGUCACUUUCAAAAAAAAAUUAAAAAUUACAUAUGAAACUGUAAUCCUAUUGUGAUGAAAUUAAAAUUUAUAUUCUUCUGGAGGGAGCAAAAAUAAAUUUCUGCAACGUCGACAA